CACACUGACUCUGUCAUCAGGCUUGGAUAUUGAGGAAGGAUCGGCUGCUCUGCUGCUGCUGCCGCUGCUCGCCGUCUAUUUGUACUUGCGUGUCUGUGUGGCUGUAUGUGUGUGACAACACGAAAUGCCAGGAUCGGGCUACCUCCAGGGAGAACCUCUCCAUCCUAUAAUGUAAGCCAGACAGCAGCACUGUAGGACUGUGGAGAAACUGCAUCCAUCAGGCCUCCAGAGGACCAGGCAGGAUCCAACGGGAGGGCUGCUGUGUGUGUGUGUGUGUUUUUUAAAUCAUUCUUCUCGGUUGAGGAGAGAAGAGAUUGUCGUCAUCCCCCCAUCCAUCCUUUUUUAACCUGCGCCCCCCCUUCCUUCCCCGCCUCCAUCUCCACUCAGAUUUUUCCCCCUCAUUCUUCUUGAGGCGAUUGUUGGAAUAUCAAACCUCCAUGUAUGACAAUUUGUACCUGCAUGGAUUUGAAGACUCGGAGGCGGGCUCAGCUGAUUCAUAUACUAGCAGACCAUCAGACUCAGAUGUCUCUCUGGAGGAGGAGAGGGAGGUACAGGCCCAUGUCCAGACCCAGAGCCCAAGCCAGAGCCAAGGGACCGGACAAAGUCGCCAGGAGAGGGAGCAGCAGGCCACCAUUCAACUGGAGAGAGCCAAGACAAAACCUGUGGCAUUUGCUGUAAGGACCAAUGUCAGCUACUGUGGAGCACUGGAUGAGGAUGUUCCAGUACCGGCCACAGCCAUCUCCUUCGACGCUAAGGAUUUCCUCCAUAUAAAAGAGAAGUUCAACAAUGACUGGUGGAUUGGUCGCUUAGUGAAAGAGGGUUGUGAGAUUGGCUUCAUCCCCAGUCCUCUGAAGCUUGAGAACAUCCGACUCCAGCAGGAGCAAAAAAGAGGACGGGUCCAAGGUAAGUCUGGAGGGAACUCUUCUUCCAGUGUAGAGGAUGAGGUUUCUGCCUCUAUCCGACCCCUCAUAUCCUCAGCAGGAAAGCAGAAACAGAAAGUGCUGGAGCAUAUCCCCCCAUAUGAUGUGGUUCCAUCCAUGAGGCCAGUAGUGCUGGUGGGACCUUCGCUCAAAGGUUAUGAAGUAACAGAUAUGAUGCAGAAGGCACUGUUUGACUUUCUCAAACACAGAUUUGAUGGCAGGAUAACUAUUACACGAGUUACAGCAGACAUAUCAUUGGCCAAGAAGUCUGUUCUUAACAAUCCCAGUAAGAGGGCCAUUAUUGAACGUUCCAACACUAGGUCCAGUUUAGCUGAAGUACAAAGUGAAAUUGAAAGGAUCUUUGAAUUGGCUCGCUCGCUCCAGCUGGUGGUGCUCGACGCUGACACCAUAAACCAUCCAGCCCAGCUCCUCAAGACCUCACUCGCCCCCAUCAUCGUCCAUGUAAAAGUCUCCUCACCAAAGGUUCUGCAAAGGCUAGUGAAGUCCAGAGGAAAGUCACAGAGCAAACACCUCAAUGUGCAGCUUGUGGCAGCUGAUAAAUUGGCCCAGUGUCCCCCAGAAAUGUUUGACAUCAUCUUGGAUGAGAACCAGCUGGAGGAUGCCUGUGAGCAUCUAGCUGAAUACCUUGAGGCCUACUGGAAAGCAACCCAUACCUCAAUGGCAACCCCACUGAACCCCCUGCUGGGGCACAACCUGGGCCCUACCACCCUGACCCCAUACCCGACCACCAUCUCUGGACUGCAGCAGAGCCAAAGAAUGAGACAGAGCAACCAUAUGGGAGACCAUUCCACUCCAAAUGAACGACGUAAUCUGAUGGCAUCAGAUGAAAAUUACCAAAACGAAAGAGCGAACAAGGGACGCAACCGCAUGUCUUCUAGCUCACAGCAUAGUCGAGAACAGCCAGACCCAUACCAGGACUACCAGGACCCCUAUCAGGAUGCAUACAAGCCACAUCGUAACCGCAGUUCACCCGGCAGCUACAGCCAGGACUCCCGGCAUCGACUCUGAGCCCACGUUUGUCAUCACCAGGGCCUCAGGGGUCCCAAUUCCACCCAUAAUAAAUGCUGCAACAGAGCCAAGAUGGACCCUUGUUGUACCAUUUACCUAUUGAUCACACUAAUUUGUCCUCCUGGUUGUUUCCUUUUUUAAAAAAAAAAAAAGUUUGUGUUCAGGUAUGUUUUUGUCAAGCUGCCAGGAUGACCUACCAGUAAAUAGUUUGAGCCUUCGACAGAAUAAGGUGCAACAUGUCAACACAAACAAUGUUGUUGUUUUCAGAUUUAUUUAAGUUCUGGGACCUUUUGGGAUUGUAGUAACACAAUGCUCAGCAGACGUGUAGCGCAGAUGUGUUUUGUUGCUCGAGUCAACAAGCUAAUUGUGGA